AUGCAGCCACAGCCUACUCCUCCAGUUCCACCCGGGACAGGUGCUUCGGACCCUGCGGAAUAUUACCUGAAGCGGAGACGGGCGGCCGUCGGGUGCACGUUGGCCCUCCUUGCAUUGUCUCUGGUCAUUCUAACAGUUGGUUUGGUGGCUUCAACGCGCACUGACAAUGUUGCUGUGGCUGGCUUCUACCCGGGAAUCAUUCUCAGCUUUGGGUCCUUCCUUGGUAUUCUUGGCAUUAAGCUGAUGGAGAAUCGCAGACCCAUGCUCAUAGCAGCCAUCAUUUUCAUCAGUCUGGGGAUAAAGUCCUGUUUCUUCUGUGCUAUCAUCGAUGGAGUCAUCGCUGCUGAGUUCCUUGAUAUACGUCCGCUGAUGCAGGGCAGAUGUUUAUUUUACUCCAGUGGAGUGGGCCAUGUGUACGGCAACUACUACGGUGGCACUGAGGUAACCUGUCAGUCAUACAACAAGAGGUGUGAGCUCCGCGUGAAGGCCAACAGCUGCUAUUGCUGUGAUUUGUACAACUGUGAGAGCUCCGACUACCAAGAGCGCUACUAUGAGUUCAUGGGUGUGAGGGGCUGCUGGGACGUGAUCCACCUGCAUCGGCUCCUGUGGGCGUCCGUGGUACUCAACGUCACCGGUAUCUUCCUGGGCAUCACCACUGCAGCUAUCCUGGGAGGUUUUAAGAACCUGUCCCCAGAUCCUCCACAGGCUUCUCUUACACCCAACCCCCCUCCUCCUCUGGCCCCCCCACACAUGCUGUAUAACCCCACGCAGCAUCUGAUGACCUACCCGAGGUUCUGCCCCCCUGGACAAGCGCUGCCUGUAUACCCAAACUACUCUAUUCCCAUGCAGCACCAAAAUGGUUGCCUACAUCCUGCCAACUCUACUGUUCCUCAGCCUCAUAGUGAAGAUUCCACGGCCCCAUUGGAAGAAACUCAGCUCCACGACCAAAACCCAAGUUACCCCCCAAACCCCUCUACUGCCUCUCAAGCUGACGCUUCCGGCCACAUGCUCACUCCUAAUGCCCCUGCACUUUACGCCCAGCCCUGUGGCAUGUUCGAGAAGCCUCCCCCCUAUGCCUGCUGAGUGCAUUUAGGACUCAAAUGCAUCUAGGUUAAAGAGGAGAAGCGCUUCAAAUGAUGAUUACCACCAACUCUCUACUGAAAUUAUAGCUACCGUGGAACUUGGUUUGUGAUUUAUUCAGACCACAUUGACUAUUCCUGUUGACUUACAAUUGAAGACCUAUGUAGGGACCAGCAAGCCUCUUAGGCCUGGGAUACACCUGAUUUGACCUGGUUUAGCAGAUGCUUUUAUCCAAAGAGGCUUACAACAAUGAGGAAUAGCAUUCAAGCUACUUUGCAGAACUGACCUUACGUAGCAAUUAAUAUUACAACAAUAAAUACUGGUA